AACACAACACACAAACCAACAACUCCCGCACUCACCAACCUCUCAUUUUCUCUAUUUCUUCCUUCUUCUUCUUCUUCUUCUUCGUUCGUGCUUCAAUUGCAAGCACUAAUGGCAUCUUCUCUCGCAUCCAAAUCGUUCAUCGGGGAUCCGAGGACGAAUUUGUGGUCUCUACACCCGGAUCUUCAGAAGCUCUCAUCCCCUGCUGUUCAAAUUAGAAUCCACACGCGAAACUCCACUAAAUUCCAAAUAAAGGCGGCUGGGAAUACGUUUGGAAAUUACAUUCGGGUUACUACCUUUGGAGAAUCUCACGGAGGUGGUGUUGGUUGUAUAAUUGAUGGAUGCCCACCUCGACUUCCGCUUUCAAAAGAUGAUUUGCAGGUGGAUCUUGAUAGAAGGAGGCCAGGUCAGAGCAGAAUCACCACCCCUCGAAAAGAAACUGAUACAUGCCGAAUAGAUUCAGGAGUCUCUGAAGGAAUGACUACUGGCACACCGAUCCACGUUUUUGUACCCAAUACAGAUCAGAGAGGACAUGAUUACAAUGAAAUGUCAGUAGCUUAUAGGCCUUCUCACGCUGAUGCAACUUAUGACAUGAAGUAUGGUGUCAGAUCAGUGCAGGGUGGUGGUAGAUCGUCAGCAAGAGAAACCAUUGGAAGAGUUGCGGCUGGAGCUGUAGCUAAGAAAAUUCUCAAGCAACUUGGAACUGAGGUUCUUGCAUAUGUCUCUCAAGUUCACAAGGUUGUACUUCCAGAGGAUCUAGUUGAUCAUGAAAAUCUGACAAUUGAUCAGGUUGAGAGCAACAUCGUAAGAUGCCCAGAUCCGGAAUAUGCUGAGAAGAUGAUUGCUGCAAUUGAUGUGGUUCGUGUGAGAGGUGAUUCUGUUGGUGGUGUUGUCACGUGCAUUGUAAGGAAUUGUCCUCGUGGUCUUGGGUUUCCUGUCUUUGACAAACUUGAAGCUGAUCUGGCUAAAGCUGUUAUGUCCUUGCCUGCAACAAAGGGCUUUGAAUUUGGCAGUGGAUUUUCAGGAACUUUUAUGACGGGGAGUGAACAUAAUGAUGAGUUCUACACAGAUGAACAUGGGCGGAUCAGGACAAGAACAAACCGCUCUGGUGGGAUACAGGGAGGAAUAUCAAAUGGGGAAAUUAUAAACAUGAGAGUAGCUUUCAAGCCAACUUCGACAAUUGGAAGGAAGCAGCAUACAGUAACUAGAGAUAAAAAGGAAACUGAACUGAUAGCUCGUGGUCGCCAUGACCCCUGUGUUGUUCCAAGAGCGGUACCAAUGGUAGAAGCUAUGGUGGCCCUCGUGCUCGUGGACCAUCUAAUGGCGCAACAUGCACAAUGUCAUAUGUUCCCUAUCAACCCAGAUUUGCAAGAACCCUUGAAGGAGUGUCCACCUAUUGAUCUCGCCAAAGUAGCCAUUUGAGGGAAAUAACAAAGCUGUGUCAUCAUCUCUGCGGAACUCAAAUCACUCCGAUUCCAGUGACAGUUCCAUAUUAAGUUUACAGUACCCGAUUUUUCUUAAGAAGACGAGUUCAACAUUCUCAUAAUUGUUUUUGGUUUAUUUUUCACCCGCAAGGCCUUGCUUGUUUUUGUUGUUUUGAAUCCCAUGAAAAUGUGUCGACUCAUGUUUAUUUUUCCUUUCGAGUAAUUAUGUGCUGAGUUUAAACCUUU